CUAUCUCUCUUCCAAGUGGGCCAGGGGACAAAGCGACGCAAAACCCUUCUCCGCGAGUCCGCAGGCGAAGCAAUGGAGAGCUCCGCAGCAACCCCAACCCGGCCGCCCCACCAGCCCGCCGCCUCCCCAUCGCCGUCGCCCUCGUCGCUGAGGCUGUGGAGGUCGGCGGCGCUUCGCAACGUGCGCAACCAAUGGUCGCAUCUGCACGCCGCCACGGAACAGUGGCUGGCCGCCGCCGCCGACGGCCGCUCCCACGCCUCCUUGCUCGUCAACGCCCACAUCUCCCACAGGGACAUGCCGGGGACGGAUUUGGGGGUGCUCAAGGACAUGCCGGGGAUCCGAGAUAAGGCGAGCUCCAAGUUGGCGCUUAGAGAGGAGCAAUACGGUGACAUGCUUCUGUCGUGCUACAAGAAUAUGGUCCGUGCUUUGUGCCGCUUGGUUAAAGCUUCCCGUUCCAUGCGCUGUUUUUCCAAAGUGUCCCCAAAUGGUUCUGUUGCACAAUUUUCUGAACGACAAGAUGAUUUAAAUGAUUUAGGGGAUGGUGGAGGCGCCCCAGUAUUCAAAUGGUUUUCAAUACUAGAGUUUGAGAGUCUUGCCCAGGAGCUUGUUGAGAUGUUUGUUUCAGACCUAAAGUUGAAGAGACUGCUUGUCUUGGAACUUCUCUCGAUUUCUUUCAAGGAAGGUGCAGAACAUCAGACAUCAUUAGAUUGGGGUGAUGAGCUAUAUGAUGGUGAAUCAGAUGAACUUCAGAGUAUUGGCCUUCAGUCAGGCGAGACCUGCCCACUGCCUGAAAAUUGGUGCGCCUAUAUUUCAGGGAGUCAGCGACCUGCCAGUCACCCUUCGCAUGAAGUUUUACAGGUUUAUUUAACUGCAUGGCUUGCGAAUGUGAAUAUCAAGAAGAGUAGAAUUGAUGCAAUAUUUGAGCUUGUUGAGGAGGAGAUGAAAAUCAAAUUGUCUUGAAGAUUUUGAUGCAUCUUGUUGGACCAUUCAAGUCGGAUGGAAAAGAGAAAACAGUUAGUACUGCUCUCAAAUGCUUAUGGCCAGCAAGAUUUAGUUGCUGAAAACUACAGAUCUAAGUCAGGACAAAACCAUGCUAGUUACCCAAUGAAGGGUCACCGCGGAAUCGCUUUGGGAGAAGAUCAUUGACCAUAAUCUGUUCUUUAAACUGCAUUAGAUAGCUCCUUUGCUUUUCAAAAAAAAAAUUAGAUAGCUCCUGAGUUUUUGAGGAUCAUUUGCCUAGCUUCAUGUUUGUUCUGGCUGUUGUAAGUGUGCAAUAUCGAUCUUCUUUUGCAUGCAUUACUGAUUUUGUUGGCAUGCUCCUGCAAAACAUGCCUUGCUUUUGUUGGUUUUCAGUAUAUUUGUAUAUUAGAUAUUUUCUGUUAAAUAUUUCCGAGUACUAUUGUAUGGA